AUGACUAAGGAGAACGCAACAUUUGGAAAACAUCUACGCUCGCAGUUUGUGUUGGAUCCCAACUAUGUGCCACUGAACCAUGGAUCCUUGGGUACCUUUCCUCAUAGUGUAAGCGAGGCGUUAAAGAAGAACCGAGAGUACGUGGAGCUCCACCCUGAUCGCUGGCAUCGCGUUGAAGUAUUCCCCAAGCUCCGUAAGGCGCGUGAGUCACUCGCUAGGUUAUUGCAAGUCGAAGAUCCCAGUGAUUUGGCGUUUGUACAAAAUGCAUCAACAGGCUUGGCCUCGGUUUUACGAAGCUUCCCUUUUGAAAAAGGCGACAAGAUCAUUUGUUUCUCUGUUACAUACACAACGGUGCUUAAUGGGUCCUUAAAGUUCCUGGAAGAUGCUGGGCUUGUAGAACUUGUCAAGAUUGAUUUGUCAUAUCCCAUGAGUGAUGAAGCCGUGAUUGAUUUGGUUCGAGAAGCAAUCCAACAGCAUCAUCAUCAAGAUAAGCCUAUUCGUAUGGCUGUGAUGGAUGCUAUUUCGUCCCUGCCGGCAGUGCGAUUUCCUUUUGAAGCUGUGACACGUUUAGUUAAAGAGCACAAUAUCCUUUCUCUUGUUGAUGGUGCACACACGCUUGGCCAAAUACCUUUGGAUCUCACUACUCUGGAUCCAGACUUUUUCGUAGCCAACCUGCACAAAUGGUUAUAUGUACCUCGAGGUGCCUCUGUUCUUUACGUCCCCAAGCGCAAUCAACACCUUGUACGUCCCUUGUCAAUCACUCCGGCUAAUGAUUUCAACAAAAAGGUGAACAAAGUGCCCUUUGAGCAAGAUUUUGGCGAUCCAGGCAUCUUUGAUCACAGCCCCUUUAUUUGUAUUCAUGCAGCACUCGAAUUUCGUGAAUCGCUUGGAGGUGAAGAAGCUAUUAUGAAGUUCACUCAUGAGAUGGCGGUCAAGGGUGGUGCUCUUGUAGCUGAAUUGCUAGGCACAUCGGUUAUGGAGAACCCCGAAGGCACAUUAACUGCUAGCAUGGUCAACGUUGAAUUGCCACUCAAGGAAUCAAAGUACAGUGAUGGUGAAACAGAGCGCUUGUUCAUCGAAAAGAUCAUCUAUGAACACAAUUGUAUGGCUCCUGCUUUCAAGCAUAAUGGCAAAUGGUGGGUGCGUUUAUCUGGUCAAGUAUACAAUGAUCUCGACGACUUCAAGUAUGGUGCCAAAGUCAUCCAACAAAUUUGCAAUGAACUUCAAAAGUAG